AUGAAGUUGGACGAAUCACCAAGUUUUCCAUCUCCACUGAGAAGAGAGCCAGCCUCGAGCUUAAGAGGCGAUCACGGCUCCAGUAGCAACGACGACGUUCGAGACGCUUUGGCUGAGGUCAAGUCGACUUGUUCACUUUUAGCCGAGUCACACCCCAGCCGAAUGUCCGACGUCAGUGUAGGCGAUCGAGUUCGGUCUUUAUGGAAUCUGGAAGACCACGCCACUGAGAGGCAGGGAAGUUGGCGGCGCAAUGUGGGUGAAGAGACCCGACUGAAAAGACCCAACAUGCCUGACUUCGGGAUAGAACUGCAUUGCGAGUCACCAACUAUCGAGGAGGGAGAGGAGAGAGCAAAUUGCAUGAAAAAGACCGACAUAAGUCAUGUGGUUUUAUUUGGCGAUGAGGCCAAUCUACUGCUGACUUUAGAGUCAGCCAAGGCAACUGAGGCAAGGAGAAACCACUUCAUUCUGACCGGUCAGACGUGGAUGCUGAUUCAAGAAAGGGCACCUCACAUUCUGCCUUCGGUGAGAACAAAGAAAAUUGGUGAAAUCUUUCUGCUGUUUCAUGUUAUGUGUGGAAAGAAUUUGUUACGAAACUUCCAGAAGCUCUAG